GAAGAAGUAGAAGAAGUAGAAGUCACGUUUGACAAUAGGCAGACACCCGGACACAUAUGUCGGCACUUUCCCCAAACACUAGAAACCAUGGCUGCCACCAUAGAGAGUUUACUGGAGGAAAUCUCCCAUGUUGAAGACCCAGUUGAAGAGCUGCAGAGUUUAAAAACAGCCCUGUUAUCGAUCCCGCUCAGCGCCGUGAGAGAUUCAGUGAGCGGACAGCGUUUGGAUGUUAUAUUCUCUCUCUUAAACUCCAAUGAAAGGGAGCAGGUUGAGCUGUGUGUGGACAUCCUUGAACGCAUCUUAAUGGCUCUCAGCCCUUUGCACUUGGCCCAGAACUACAGAGCAGAGCUGCAGGGAGGUCUGACCCAUCCUGAAGAAAUUGUUAAGAUACUGGCUUUGACGCAGAUUGGUCGAAUGGUAGAGCACACCGAAGCUGCCACAGAAAUACUCAACAACCAGGACGUUCUUCGAGGAGUGAUCCAAUGCAUCAGAGAAGAGAAGAUAGCUGUGGCCAAGCAGGCCAUCCAGUCCUUGUCCAAACUGAGUCACUCGAAACCUGGCUUAGACAAACUGUUCCACAGCGACCUGCUCAAAGUUAUUAAGGAUGUGAUGGCCACAAGUGACAUCAUCAGAUACAGAAUAUAUGAGCUGGUGGUGGAAAUCUCGUCUGUGUCUCCCAUCUCCUUUGGUUACUGUGCCAACAGCAGCUUCAUUUCUCAGCUGCUUGGAGAACUGACAGGAGAUGAUGUAUUAAUCAGGGCCACAGCCAUUGAGAUGGUGACAACUCUAGCCCACAGUCUGCAUGGCCGGCAGUACUUGGCCCAACAGGGUAUAAUGGACAAGAUCUCCAACAUGAUUAGAGGAGCAGAAACUGACCCAUUUUCCUCCUUCUAUCUUCCAGGUUUGGUGAAGUUCUUUGGUAACCUGGCCAUUAUGGACAGCCCCCAGCAGGUUUGUGAAACCUACCCGGUCUUUCAGAACAAGGUGUUUGAGAUGGCUAUGGACCCAGACCCUGUGAUGAUCGGAGUGGCCCUGGAUACUUUGGGCUUACUCGGAACUACCGUGGAAGGGAAGCAGGUCCUGCAGAAAACAGGAGAAAAAUUCAAGGCAGUAUUGUUAAGAAUGAGCCAGCUGGCCAGCUCCGGAGAUACAGAUCUCAGAGUGCGCAGCCUGGAGGCCAUAUCACAACUGCUCACUCUACAGCCAGAGCAGCAGACAGAAGACCUGUUGGCCCUGACUGAGUCCUGGUUCCGCCUUUUGUCUAACCAACCCAUAGACAUGAUUCAUAACAUCAGCACUCAGCCGUUCCCGGAGCUGCAUUGUGGGGCUCUGCGGAUAUUCACUGCCAUUGCCACACAGCCAUGGGGUCAGAAGUUAAUGAUCAGCAGUCCUGGUUUCAUGGAGUUCAUUUUGGAUCGUUCAGCGGGUCAGACCAAGGAGGCCAAAGAUGCCAAGUUUGAACUGGUGGGGUCACUUGUGAGUUCAUCAACAGCAGCAGUGAUACUGGGUAGCCAGCAUUACAUCCGUCUGAAGACCUACCUGAAAGAAGGACCUUAUUAUGUUUCAGCUGUGGCUGCAGUCGGCACAGAAGGAGCCGAAUGAUUCAAAGAAACUCACAUACAUUUACUUACAUUUUACAUGACUUACAUUUUACGGGUCUUUAGUUCAUGCUUAAGUGGUGGUUAAGGGACUGAAUAUUCUAACUAUGAGUUAACAUAUUAUACACUUCAAUAAUAGCAGCAAUAGUUAAUAACUUUAUCAUCUCAACCUCAGCCAGAAAUGUUCAUUCAUAACUGAUGGUUUAAGUAUUUUGAACCAAUUUAGAAACAAUUGAGAAAUUCAUUACUUACAUAAUUAUCCAUUACUUGCUUGAGCCCUCAGUUGCUCCUCUGUUAGGUUGUUUUUCUCAUAUAAAUAUAUUUGUCAGGCUUUUCGGAUAGGACAUUAAAAUAUUAAAUGUCAUCAUCAUCAUGUCAUUUUAUUUCAUGAGUAAAUCUAUUAUUGUUGUAAAAUAAAUGUUAUGUUUUUUAAUGAUAAGUUAAAGUUCGAAACAUAAAACUAUAUUUUUUUGUAAUUAGAAAUUUGCUACAAAUGUGAAAUAAAAAGAAAAGGUGACAAAAAUCUAAGCAAAGGGAUUUUAUUAGAAGAACAUCAAUAUUAGGAGCCCUCUUAAAAUGAUGUGACACAUAUACCACAAGGUGCAUCAUGGGUGCAUUCUGAAAGUCUAUGCACAAAAAAAAAGAAGAACUUGGUGCCAUCAUAGCGAAUGAAGAAUCACCAUUAAAAGAUAAAGGAUACAACUGACUGUUGUACUAAAUCUCCACAUUGUGUAACAAACAGCAUCCUCAUGAUAUGUUAACGCAUGUUUAGUUAUUGUAUCUUUACCACGUACUUAAGCAAUACUUAAAGAGCCACCAGUGUGUACAUUUUUACUUUCAGAUAGUUAACUUAUAGAGAAACAUUCACACCAUCUUGUGUCUUUCAUACCAAACAGGACUAGACCAAACAUACAAAGUAAGAGAAGACCCCAGUUCUUCAAAUUCAUAAGAUGUUGAUUUAAAUUUUUUGCGUCAAAAAUAUUUUUGUUUACUAAAAUGCUUUUUUAUUAAAGAUGAUGCAG